AGCAGCAUACCGGGUUGUCUUUCGCCCUGCACACUGCCUGACGGACUUGACUUUUCACCAUCAUCCAACGACAUCUGCAAGUUCGCACUAUCACCCUUCAACACUAUGGCGCCCACCAAUCACGCAGCAUGGCUCAAAGCCAAACAAGACCCCAUCAUGGUAGUUGAAGAAGCACCCUACACAAGCCCUGCAGAGGGUGAGCUUGUCAUCCGAACCAAGGCUGUGGCCAUCAACCCCGCCGAUUGGCAUAUCCAGGAUAAAGGUAUGCUGGUCACGAAGUUCCCAGCCAUUCUAGGCUGCGACGUCGCCGGGGAAGUCGUUGAAGUCCACCCCAGCUUAGCCAAUCGCUUUGCGGUCGGUGACCGUGUCUUCGGCUCAGCAAACCCCCUGUUCAACAAGGACGGAGUGUAUUGCUACUCCGGCUUCCAGGAAUAUAUGAUCCCCAAGCCACCUCAGAUCGCCAAGAUACCGGAGCACACAACCUAUAAGGACGCAGUGGUGUUGCCAUUGGGUGUCAACACCGCCGCAAGCUGUAUAUUCUCCAAGGAAAUACUCAACCUGAGUAUGCCUCUUCACAGUGACGGCGGCAAGGGAAAGACACUCUUGGUCUGGGGUGCAAGUAGCAGCGUGGGCGCGUGCGGCGUGCAGAUGGCGGCAUUAGCUGGAUAUGAUGUGGUAGCCGUUGCUAGUAGCAAGAAUCACGACAUGGUCAAGGGCUUGGGCGCUAAGACGUGCUUUGAUCAGAACAAUACCACCAUUGUUGAUGAUCUCGUUGAACACUUGAAGGGAAAAGACGUUGUUGGUGCGUACGCGGCCAUUUCAACGCCUCUAACGAUACCAUUGUGCUGCGAGGUUCUGGACAAGUGCGGUGGGAACAAGGUGGUAGCAUCGGUGAUGCCUGGCGCAGAGGCCUUUUCCAGCAGAGGCGUGAGCGUCCAAGCCAACUUCGUUGCCAUGCAUUCGUUCGUAGCAGAAGGGAAAAUGACGGCUAUCUGGGAGUGGCUAGAGAAGGCCCUCCGAGAAGGAAGAAUGAAGUGCAUGCCGCCGCAUGAGGUCGUCGGGCACGGCUUGGGAGACGUGCAGAAGGCGGUCGACCUGAUGGGCAAGGGCGUCAGCGGAAAGAAAUUGGUCGUCGUGUUGUGAGCAGCUCUAUAUGGGUGUCCUUGACAGGUGAUGAUGAUCGCGGUAGGACAGGGAGCAAAAGUCGAGAAAGAAUAGUUUCUUGCAUAAUUAUGGUUGAGUG